GAAUCAGCUUAGUGGAGAGUUUUUCAACGACUUAAAUGAAGCUCAGAAUCUCAGACACCUUAAUCUUGCACACAACAGAUAUUCCAAAGAACAGUUGCUGCACAUUGGUAUGCUUUCUGGUUUAGAGUAUCUGAAUUUGUCUGCAAGUAAUUUGAUUGGCGAAAUGCCUGGUGAAAUUUCGAUGUUGAGUAAUCUGAAGACACUUGAUCUCUCUAGGAACCAUCUUAAUGGCCAUAUUCCUCUUUUAAGCAUCCAAAAACUCCAAGUACUAGAUCUUUCCUAUUACAAUUUAAGUGGUGACAUCCCAAUGAAGCUCAUAGACAAGCUACCAUGGAUGGAGAGGUUUAAUUUCUCUUACAACAACCUUACCCUUUGUGCAUCAGAAUUCUCCCCUGAAACCCUCAAUUCAGCUUUCAUCGGCUCAUUGAACAGCUGUCCAAUUGCUGCAAAUCCUGAUCUUUUCAAGAGAAGAACUCAAAAGCAUCGGGGCCUCAAGCUUGCCGUGGUGUUAACCAUCUCCAUGGUCUUUUUGCUUUUGGGAUUGCUGUUUUUAGCCUUUGGUUAUCGAAGGAAAACCAGAAUGUGGGAAGUGAAACAGAAUUCUUACAAAGAAGAACAGAAUAUAUCUGGCCGCUUUUCAUUCCAGACGGAUUCAACCACUUGGGUUGCCGAUGUUAAGCAAGCAACAUCUGUCCCAGUAGUUAUAUUUGAAAAGCCUCUGUUGAAUUUCACAUUUGCAGACCUCUUGUCUGCAACUUCUCAUUUUGACCGUGGCACAUUGUUGGCUGAAGGUAAGUUUGGACCAGUGUAUAGAGGAUUCUUGUCUGGUGGGAUUCAUGUAGCUGUCAAAGUUUUGGUUCAUGGAUCCACCAUGACUGACCAAGAAGCUGCUUGAGAGCUUGAGUAUCUUGGU